AUGACGCCGGGAACCUUCAACGCGGCAACCGAUCUCGCGAUCUCCUUCGCCGGCGCCAAUGCCCUCGCCGUCUCUGACAUCACCUUUGCAUCGAGCACCCCGAACGGCUGGUCGUUCUACGACUACAACAGCUUCUACGGCACCGGCUAUCCUGUGCCGAACCUCAUGCCGACCGGAACGACGGCCUUCGACGGCAUCAUCAAUGUCGGUCUUGUGCUCGAGCGCGCCCACGAUCCGACCAGCUUGCUGCAAGCCGAUUGGGGCACGCGCCAGAAGCUGCUGGCCGCGGCAGGGGACAAUCCGCUCGACCACUAUGGCGCCAGCGAGGGCUCCUACAGCAACCUGCUCACCGCGCUGGGCAGCCUCGGCAUCGAACUCUCCGCCAACUCGUCCUACGAAUCUUCGGCUCAAUCGCGUACCGCCUGGGUGAGCCUGACGGCAAUGGAGUUCAAUUCCCUGUUCGGCCAGACACUGAUGUUACAGGACGGUACGACCUCGAAUAUCUUCUGGAACGGCAAUCUCGUCCUCAAUCCGGUUGUAGCGUCGUUGGGAACCGUGAAAGGGCUGUCGUUCGAUAUCGAUAACAGCGGCAAUUACAUGGCUCCGAUCGGCUCGUCUGCCGGUCUCCUUCCCAAUGGCAGCAGCGCUGGAAGCGGCAGCGUCCUCUCCCCGGGCCCCCAGCAGCCGGGCAACGAUACAGGCGAUACCGGCAACAUUGCCGCAGUGCCGGUCCAGAACACACCUCAAGCCAUUGCCCAGCUCUACAAUUUCCCCUUCGCCAACCUCGCGAAUGCGCCCCCGACGGGCGCGAUCGCGCUGAUCGAACCCGGAAUGGGCAACUAUGUUUCUGGCGACGGCGACAUGGAAACGCUGCUGGGCAACUAUCGCAGCGCGAUCGGCCUGGCUCCGGAUGUCACGAUCUACGGGCAACAGCCUGCCACCAUAUAUGAGACCGACACGUCGGAACGCGCGCUGGAUAUCGGUGUUGCAACGGCGGUCAACCCGAACAGUGCCUUGAGGCUCUAUGCCGGUUCGGGAGUCUCGGAUAAUUCCGGCGCCUCGACCUAUACCGCCUACCAAUCGGCUUUCCUCGACCCUCUCCACGCGUCGGUGGUUUCGUCUUCGUUCAGCCUGGCGCAGUCGGGCAACCCUGCCACACUCUGGCAACUGGUCGCCGGCGGGCUUUCACAGAUGCCCACGACCGGGAACACCGAACCGUGGUUCCUCGAGGCCGUCUGGAACGAAUACCGGCUCACGACCGGCGAUACUUUUCUCUACCCUGGCUAUCUCGAGAACGAAGCGGGCAACGGCGGCGUCGACUAUACGCAACCCACGCCGUGGUAUCAGAGCGCGCUGCUGCCAUUCGAUCAGCCGGUCACGACCGAUGCGGCACAUGUCACGGGACGCGGCGUGCCGGACGUGGCGGCACUGGCAGGCGGCAACAUGAAGUACCUCGUCCCGCAGCCCGAUUUCUCGGGAACGGGUCCAAGUGCCCUGAACCCCAGUGGAGGAACGAGCGCAUCGGCGCCUUUCUGGGCGUCGCUCGCCAUCCAGAUCAACACCGUCUUCGAAGACCAGAACCUGCCCGAUCUUGGCUACAUGACGGACCUGUUGUACAUCGCCGCGGCCAUCGCGCCGGCGUCGUUCAACGACGUGUCGAUCGGCAAUGACAACUCUUCGUUCGUGUGGGGCGGGUCCACCUACACGACAGCAUACAAGCCGCCUUCCGGCGACCCGCCCAUUCUCCACCCCAUCACCCCGACGGACAUCGGCUAUUCGGCGGAGCCAGGCUACGAUCUUGUCACCGGCCUCGGCUCACCCAACGGCGUGCUGCUGGCGCGCGCCCUCACCGCCAUCGCGCAGGCCCACUCGUUGCGCGGCCAUGGUUCAGCCGCCGGUGCUGCCGAGGGCAGCCCUUCCGUCUCGAUACUUGCCAUGUUCGUCUCCGUCUAG